CUGAUAUUUUUUGUUCCCGCUCUUUUGAACUGAGUUGCGAAAAACACAUAAAUAGUACCUCUGAAUACCUAUUAAAUAAUGAAUCACAAUUUAGGAUUUUAAACUAUUCAAACCGUUUUAUGAACUAAAGCGUUUUUUUCAUUACAUAAGGUACUCUUAAGUAUUUAUAUUAUAUUUUUCAAUUUAUGUAGUUUUGUUUACAUGAAUCGGAAACAUAUAUGCGGAAUGAUACAUUUUCAGGGUCAGCUGGUAACUAAAUUUUCCCGCCAAUACUGAUCUAUGGCGUAAGGAUUAAGUUUUGUUUUGUAAAAUUGUCUGCUCUAAUUUCUGUGUAAAAAUGAAUGAAUCUUCUAACACUGAUGAACAGGAGGCGAAAGAAAGAUUCCAAGAAUUAUGUGCUGAUUUGAAUAUGGAUGAAAAAACCUCAAAUGAAGCGUGGCAAUCAUACCAGAGGAUAAAUAAUACAUACACACUGGAGGGUGAUAGUUUACAUUGGUUAGCCUGUGCCUUAUAUGUUGCCUGCAGAACCUGUGCUGUUCCCACAGUUAUACGUGGAAGUUAUGUAGAAGGCAACUGUGUUUCUUUAACUAGACUUUUAAGAUCUUGUAAACUAAGCUUAGUUCAGUUUUUUAGUAAGAUGAAAAAAUGGGCCGACAUGGCUAACUUGCCAAAAGAGAUGCGGGAUAAAGUAGACAGACUGGAAAGAAGUUUUAACGUAUCGACAGUGAUUUUUAAGAAAUUUGAACCUAUAUACUGUGAUAUAUUCAAAAAUCCUUUUAAAGACCCACCUCGACCGACGAGAAGUCGAAAACAGAGGAGACUUCCUUGUACCUCGUCUGAAGUUUUUUCAUUUUGUUGGACUUUGUUUGUUAAAGUUAAAGCAAAUUUUCCUGCAAUCUCUGAAGAUUUAGUGAACUCUUUCCACCUUUUGCUGUGCUGUGUUGACUUGAUGUAUAGCAAUGCUUUGCUCGCUGACAAAAAAGACAUUUUAAAUCCAAAUUUUUCAGCUCUUCCGGCUACUUUUGGCAGCAAAGAUUACAUUGUUCCCUUUGAUCCUCCCUGUAUUAUUGAAAUCUUAUGUGACAAGCAUCAGGGCAUCGCUAGUGAGGCUAAAACUAUAAAGGAACAUUGGUGGAAAGAAUAUAUAAAGAAGCUAGUUGAGAAAAAGGUUUUGAAGGCUAAAUCAGAAACUCACAUGGGAUUGUUGGAUACAGCUCAUUUUGAACCCAAUAGUAAAGCUAUCAAUAAAGAAUACGAAGAAUACGUUUUGAAUGUGGGUGAUUUUGACGAAAGAAUCUUUCUGGGCGAAAAUGCUAACGAAGAAAUCGGUACGCCUGCAAAACAAAACUACUUACAUCCGGGUAUUUCUGAUGUUUUUGCUGAGCGCUUAAGAGAAAUGAGGGGAACUUUACAGCAGCACAUGCAAGAGACACGGACACUGUUGCCCUCCACUCCUUUGACGGGACGGAAAUAUCUCAAAGAGAAGGAUCCGACUUACAUCACGCCAGUGUCCACAGCUACGCAAAGUGUGAGCCGCUUACAGACUCUACUCGCUGGACGAAAGCCAUCACCUUCUGAAACACUGUUGGAAAUUUUUAGAGAAUGCAACAACAACCCUGAAACAAGAAUAAGUGACAGAGUGAAGGAAAUGGGAGAAACCUUUUGCACAUGUUAUGCACAACCAUCUGAAGAUCACCCAGGCUCUCACAUUGAUUUUGCAAAGAAAAGGUUGUCAUUGGCUGAAAACUUGUACUACAAAGCUUUAGAAGACAUCAUGUUAAUGGAGCAGAAAAGACUCCCUCCGAAAACAGAUUUCUCUAAUAUGCUGGAUCUUGAUCCUUUUCACCGUUCACUGUUUGCUUGUUGCUUAGAAAUAGUUAUUUUUUCUUACAACUCUCAAAGGUCUUUUCCUUGGGUGCUGCAAAUAUUCAAUCUUCAACCUUAUUACUUUUAUAAAGUAAUUGAAUUACUCAUAAGAGCAGAAGAUGGCUUAUCCAGAGAUGUUGUUAAGCAUUUAAAUCAUAUUGAGGAACAGAUUCUGGAAAGUUUAGCCUGGAAAUCUGAAUCUGCUCUCUGGGAUGCAAUACAAGAUACCCGUUCAUCUGCUUUGAAUCUACCAUCUUGUGAAGAUGUUUCUCUUCCAAGACCACCUAAUUCAUCUCAGUUAGUCUCAUCGCCUCUGGCUCAUCCUGCUGUUCGCAGAGUUACUUGUGGUCAAAAAAAUCCUCAAUCACCAAUUGGAUUAAGUGAGCGUUUUCAGUCUCCAGCUCCUGCUGCUAUGUCCAGUGCUCGUAGGAAACUCUUCGCUGCCACAACAUCUGUACCAACAUCCAAUCAUGUUGGCAAUGAUAAAUCAAACUCUGUCACUGCUGCCCGAAAUGUCACUAUAAUACUCCAGUCUGUGACUGAUAAUGCUGUGACUUAUUUAACCAGGAAUCCCAAUCAUGGGAUAACAUGUGUGCAAGCAUUAGCUGGAAACUCAACAUCUUCUCAAUCUGUGCAACCCAAAACACCUUCAGAAACAAUGAUUAAGCCUAAGAGAACUGGUUCACUUGCUUUAUUUUUCAGAAAGGUAUACCAUUUGGCGGGUGUGAGAUUGAAAGACUUGUGUGAUAAACUUUCAAUUUUGGAUGAAGAAUUAAGGCGAAAGAUUUGGACUUGUUUUGAAUAUUCUAUAAUGCAACAUACUGAACUGAUGACCGAUCGCCAUCUGGAUCAGUUGCUUAUGUGUGCUGUUUAUGUUAUUUGUAAAGUUACAAAAGAAGAUAGAAGUUUUCAAGAAAUUAUGAAACAUUAUAGGUUACAACCACAAGCUGCUAGUCAUGUUUACAGAAGUGUUCUUUUAGCUAACAAAAGUAAUAAAAAGCGACGAACUUCAGGCAGUAGUGACAAUAGCAAAGACGAGUCCGGUUCGAAUUCUCCAGUGCCGUCUGAAAACUCUAAAAAUGACACUAGUGAAGACAAAGAAUCAAAAAGGACGGAACACCUCAGCACUAUUCGCUCGUCUAGCACUUUGCCGGUGCCUCACCCGGGAAGUCAACCGCCCACACCCACAAAACUUGCUGGAACGGGUACUCAUUUUGAGUUUGAAGAAAGAGGAGAUUUAAUAAAGUUCUACAAUAAGGUCUAUGUGCCAAGAAUUCAAAGGUUUGCUUACAAGUUUUCUCAAACGAACAACGGGCUGGAAUCCCCUCCUUUGUCCCCUCUGCCAAAACUGAAUGCUCACCCCUCAUCACCUUGGCGAAGAGUUUCCAGCAAGCACCCUGUAUACAUAGCUCCACUCAUAAGCACCAAUUUCCCCCCGUCUCCUGGGAAACCACCGCUCUCUUGCUGUUUCAACAGAAGUCCUGCUAAGGAAUUAAGAGCUCUAAACAAUUUUGUCAAAAUGGGUGAGAAACAGGCUGUCAAACGCAUACUACAAGAUGAUGAAGCAGCGGAGGAAGAAACUCCUCCAAAAAUAUCCAGAGAAGACCUUAACUUGACUUUGAGAAAAAUUCAGAAUAUCAUAACAGAUCGUCAAAUUGUAAAUAGUAACGGUUUGACCGAAUAAAAAUUUAAAUUCGUAAGUUUUAUUUGUGAAAUAUAUAUUAUUGUAGUUUGCUUUCGUGUGUAUCACCUCAUUCUGAAACUGGUUAAAAUUUUAAACAAUCAUAUGACUAUUAAAAUUAUAAAAUGUCUGUAUGAGUGGAAAUAUGUUAUGUUUAUUCACUGCCCUUUGACGCUUGUGCUCAUGUUUUAAGAAAGAACAGAAAUGAUGACUGUUGAACUGUGUUUACUUGACUAAAUUCUAUUGGAUACAAAUUGCAUUUACUUUUUCAUGGUGCGUAGUGUUUUUAAAAAGUGCUUAUUUUUAAUUUACAUUUUAAAAAAGCCCUUAGAGGUGCUUUUUUUUUUUUAAUUGGGGGUUUGUAAGAAGUGCUUAAUUUUCUAUCUUUUGAAAAGAGUUUCUUUCCUAAUCAUGUCGAUUGUUGUUCUAAAUUACAAAAACUGCAUGAUUUAUGCAAAUUUUUUUUAAUCAGAAACCAGUUAUUUUAUCAUGAUUAUGUAAAGUUUUUUAAUUUUAUUGAUUUUAUGUUCAUAAAUUUUUGAGUACUUAAAGGGUGCUUAUUUUUUGUUGAAUAAUAUGGCUACGCACUGUGUUGUCAUUUCUUUGGACCAAAUUGAUGAAACAUUUCUAGAGACCUUUUUUCACAGAAGUGUUUAUUGCUUAGCAUAUUAGUCAGUAAUUGCUGAGCAUUUCAUUACAACCUUUCCUUCAGUCUCUUUGUUUUUCAAUGAGGAAAAGGGAAGAAAUUCCAAACUAUUUAUCUCCAUUAAAAAUAUGAUUUUCGACGAAUUCAACGACUAUUUGACAAGUAAGAAGUAGUAGCUUAUUUUAAAACUUCAGAAUCAAAGCUUUUAAAAAAAAUUUGCGAUUUGAAUUUUUACAAACAAUUAUGAACAGAAAAAUUUUGAUGAAAAUAUUUUAUUUUUAUCAAUACUAAGCUUAUAAACUUUUCUUUUUACUUUUUUCUAAUUGCUUGAAUUAAGGUCUGCUUAAUUCAAACAAUUAGAAAAAAGUUUAAAUUGGUACCAGAAAAAAAUUUCGAGAUAAUUGUAAAAUGUUUUUUUUUUUUUCGCUGACAAACUUACAAACUACUCUAAAAGCUCCAAUUAUGAAAUUUUACCAGUUUUGAUGUAUGUGUUUAUGGCAGUUGCAUCUUCCAUAAAAGCAAAACAUUAAUGUGUCCAUAGUGUAUGCAUUUUUCAGUUAAUUUCAAAAUUAAAGUUUAUAAUUAUUAUUUAAAUGUUUUCGUCUUUCAUAAGGAACUUCUUUUCAGCCUCAAACUAAUUUUUGGAGAUUACAUUUCUGGCGAAAGAGUUUGAUUGAAGUUUAAUGCCGGUUUUAGUUUUAUUAUUGAAAUAUUAAUAUGUUAUCCCCAAUGUCAUAUAGUCUUUUCACUUUAAGACUCUAAAAAUAUAUAUAUAUACUAAGAACAAUUAUUACAAAACACUGCAUCGUUCAAUGUUUGAUUCUAUGUGUAAUAUAAAAAUUCGAUAUUUUGCGUCUUGUUGCACUGCCUUAUAAUCAAUACUAUCUUUGUAUUAUUCUUUAUCAAUCUAACAACAAAAUAAAUAUUUUUUUUAAAAAAUUCUAAUCUGUAAUAAGUAUAUUGUCCUGCCUGCAUUGGUCAAUAUGUUGAGAAGUGUUUUUACAAUUAUAAGAUUCAUUAAGGUCCAAUUCUUCUGAAAAUCUGUGUUUUUGUAACAAACAAAUUCUGACUGGCUUUCAGCUUAAUUCUUAUUUGAUGCGAAUAAAUAUCCAUUUAUAUAAGUUAUUCAGCUUUUUAAAAAAAGAGCUCAAAUGAGUGUCCCAUUUUUCGAUACAAAUUACAUAAUUUCAUGGCCAUUAAGUACGUACAGGGGUGCCUCUGUUCAGUCCUGAUGACUGAAAUCAGUCUGGAGAAAAGAUCAGUGGGAUGAAAUCAAACCUCCAAUUAAUAUUUAUUUCCAUUUAAUUUCAUAAAUUAAGUUUUAAAACUAAAAAUCGAAUUUUCUUUUAAAAAAGGAUAACUAGUAUUUUCUGCCAAAUCAAUAAAAAAAUAGGAUUAUUAUUUUUUUUUUUUUUAACGGGAGUUAAUAGAAAUAGGACAAAAUUUGAUGAUGGUAAGGUGAACAAUAAAUAAAGAUAUGAAUAGAGAUUAAUGUAAAAAGAUAAGAGGUUGGCUGUUAUUUUUAUUUUGUUUGCUGUAAAAUAAAUGUAUAUUUUAAGAAAAAGUAAUCAAGUUAUUGAGAUAAUAUAUGGAUCAUUAACGUAUGCUCGAUUUAAACAUGGUUGCAGAAUAUACUGAUUUUGAUGGGCACAAAAAGAUGAGCGAGAAAGGUGUCCAUAUAAGAGAUAUCUGAAUUAGGUAGCUAAAAUUUUAUAUAAAAAUAGAUAAUUAAUGGGAUGGACACUUUUCUAAACAUGAUAUCCAAAAAAAGAAAUACUCUGGAUUUCAUAAAUAAACAUAAUUAGCUUUUA